AUGACCACGCACGCCAUCCACGCCGACGACGAAUUCAGCGCGCACCGCGCCAUCGCGCCCCCAAUGCACGUAGCCGUGACCUACCGAUACGCGCGGGAUCCAGCGCACCUGAUCCCAAUGGAGAACAAAGACCCCAACGCCCCGCACGACUCACACAUAUACUCCCGCUACUCCGCCCCGAACACCACGGGACUAGCCGCCUUCCACGCGAUCCUAGUCCUUCUCCAGCCAGCCCGGAUCUUUAUAGGGGAGGGGUACCACGGCGUGCACGCGGUGAUCUCGCUCGUCGCGCACCUCAGCGACGGCCGCAAAUGCCAGAAACUCUCCUUGGAGCAACUCCACCUCCUAGGACCGGGGGACAUCAUCCACGUCGAGACGCCCGUGAACCCGACGGGCGAGGCGCGCGACUUGGUCAGCUACGCGGCGCGGGCCCGCGCCGCCGGCGCGUAUCUGACGGUCGACUCGACGCUGGCGCCGCCGCCGCUGCAGGAUCCGAUUGCGCUCGCCGGGGCGGAUAUUGUCAUGCACAGUGCUACGAAGUACUUGGGGGGGCAUUCGGAUAUGCUGGGUGGAAUGUUGGUGGUGAAUCCGGAGAGGGUCAGGGAGGGGUGGAUGGAGCGGUUGGAGGCCGACAGGAUGGUGCUCGGGGCAGUGAUGGGGAGUUUGGAGGGGUGGUUGGGGUUACGGUCGGUGAGGACGCUGGAGUUGCGCGUGCGCAGGCAGGCGGAGACGGCGAGGGUGUUGGUCGCUUGGUUGGUGGCGGAGAUUGCCUCUGCUUUGUCGGUGGUGGGGAAGGUGCUGCGAGGUGUACGGCAUGCGUCGCUGCAGGUGGAGGAUCUUGGGGGUGAUGGUGGGGGGUGGUUGCGGCGCCAGAUGCCGGCGGGGUUCGGGCCGGUGUUCGCUAUCACGGCGCGCACGCCGGAGUUGGCGAGGCGGUUGCCGUCGAGGAUGAGUGUGUUUCAGCAUGCGACGAGUCUGGGCGAUGUGGAGAGUUUGAUUGAGUGGAGGGCGAUGAGUGAUAGUAGUUGUGAUGAGUGUCUGCUGCGCGUGAGUUGUGGGUUGGAGGAUGUUGAGGACUUGAAGCGGGAUUUCUUGCAGGCCUGUCGUGCUGUUCUGUCUUGGGAUGAUGCUGGUGGCUGUGUGGGGGUUUGA